AUGCCAACCACACGCCGCCACCAACAGCCGCCGAGGCUGCGCGUCGCUCCCUCCCAGCAGCUGCUGCCGCCCUUGACCGCGCAGAGCGGACACAGCGUCUGCAGCCGGCCGGGCUGGGCGAGCGUGGCCUCAGCCCCGGGUCCUGGCCCCGGCACACAAAGCGGGUGGGGCCGCAUGGCUUGUGAGGGUUGUCUCCCUCCACAAGACAUGUCCUGCUACAGCCCACGCCUGCCAGCUGCCUGCGGCCCAGUCCCGCUUGCCAACAGCUGCAACGAGCUGUGCGACAUCCAGUGCGCCGACUCCAUCGCUGCCAUCCAGCCCCCGCUGGUCCUGGUGAUGUUGCCAGGCCCAAUCCUCAGCUCCUUCCCUCAGGGCACAACUGUCCUCAGAGCGCAGCCCAGCUACUGUGGGAGUGGGCCAGGCCCCAAAAGGCAAAAGCUGGAGGCUGUUUCCUCCCCUCCCAUGUCCAGCAGGAUAAGAAGGUGCAGGCAUCAGGAGCCGCCACCGCCGGAGCAGCUGGAGCUGCAGCUGGAGCCGGAGCCAGAGCAGCAGGAGCAGGCAGCGCGAGAUCAGGAGCAGCGGCAGUGCCAGCAGCCUCAGGAGCAGCAGCAGUGUGCUGGGAUCGCUGUGGGCACCCGGCAUGGAAUGAAGAACCAAACUGCUGUCAGAGAGUUCAUUCUCCUGGGAUUUUCCUAUGGGCUGCAGGUUCAGACGUCACUUUACCUGAUCUUUCUGGCUACCUACAUGGUAACAAUCACUGAGAAUGCCAUUAUUAUCUUUGUGGUGAAAAGGAACCAUCACCUCCAAAAUCCCAUGUGUUAUUUCCUGGGGAACUUGUCCUUCCUGCAGAUUUGUUAUGUCUCAGUAACACUGCCCAGGCUUUUGCUUGGGUUCCGGUCCCAGAGCAUGACCAUCUCAUUCUCCGGCUGCAUGACCCAGUUAUACUUCUUCAUCUCCCUUAUGUGCACUGAAUGUGUCAUCUGUGACCGCUCUUUGGCUGUGUGCCAUCCCCUGCGCUAUCCAGCCAUCAGGACGCACAAGUUGUGCCUUCAGCUGUUGAUUCUCUCAUGGGCAGGAGGCUUUUCCAUCUCCUUGGUCAAGGUGUCUUUAGUUUCACAACACGUCAUGAACCACUUCUUUUGUGACAUCUCUCCCGUCCUGAGCCUUUCCUGCACUGACACGUCCCUUGCAGAGACAGUGCACUUUGUGUGAGCCUUGGUGGUCCUGCUGAUACCUCUCCUGAUCAUUGUUUUCUCCUACUGCUGUAUCCUGUCAACUAUCUUGUGUGCUUCAGUGCAGGGAAGGAGAAACGCCCUUUCCACUGGUACCUCCCAUUUGGCUGUAGUCAUGAUCGUUUUCUCGGCCACUCUCUUCAUGUACGCCAGGCCCAGGAGGAUCCAUCCGUCCAAACUCAACAAAACAGUGUCUGUCUUUUGUGCUGUGUUCACUCCAGCACUGAACCCUCUGAUCUAUUGUCUGAGGAACAAGGAGGUGAAAGAGAGUCUGAGAAAGACCACGGGCACAAGCUGCUUUGCACACCAGUAAGUUCUGAGGAUAAGGAUACGGAGGAACAUGGAGAGGAGUGACAAGUGUCCUUCUUGAAAUGUGGUUGAGUAAACCUCUACAGCUUGUUCAUCACUGACUCCGUCAUCACUGACUCAUUGCACUGAAGCCCGGCAAGGAAGAAAUGGUAUGUGGAAAUGUCUCCUUCCCAUUCGUGAGCGCUGUGACGCUGAAUAUUCUGCUACAGUAUCAAUAAAAUAAGCCAUAAUAGGACUUUGGCUGAUGGAUUAUUUCCUUUUGAAAAUCCUAAGCCCUAGAUUUAUAGUUUUCAAAACCAUGUAGGAAUAUUGGAAAUUGAAAUAAAUAACUUUGGCUUUUUCUAUGGAUAAACAAUGUUUAAUCCAAUUCCUUAACUGUAUUCCUUAAACACGUGUUCAUUAGAGCAAAAGCAAAACAGCGCAGGGUGCGCGGGGGAUUCGCUCCGCCCAACACGCACACCUUUUAACAACAAGAGCUGUGCUUAAAUACAGUGAGGUGUUCCAUAUUCACAAUGACCCCAGGAACGCCUGUACAUAUUCAUAACCUUUCCCGCUUCUCAUUACAAGGAGUCUCGGAGAAGCAUUUCCAGUCUCCUCUUUGAGCCGCCCUGUUCGCCUGCGCUGUGUCACUUGGUGGUUUUGAGGAGGGUCUUUGGGGUCUUUGGAUGAGACUUCAUAAACAAGUCUCAUAACUUUUUACCUAGAACUUAACCACCUUUCCUUUUUCCAGCUUCAGAGCCCGAGCCUCAUUUGGUUACACCUGUAAACACUGAACAUCUCAGCACGAAUCGCAGCUGCAUUUCUCGCACUGUGAAGAUAUUUGGGUGCUGAACUCCGAGCUCAGCGCUGGCGGGGUGAAG